CAGGAUGAUCAUGGCUACCAUCAGCCGGCACAGCAACAGCAGCAGCAGCAGCAGCAGCAACACCAUCACCACCAUCAGCAGCAGCAACAACAGCUACACCAUCAGCAGUCGUCGCAGACACAUUAUCAGCAGCAGUCGGCAAUUGGCACAAUAUCGCACGAUUCUACCCAGCCACCGCUGUCGCUGCCACCGCCGCCGUAUCAACAUUCCUCGUCGGCAUCAUCAACCUCCUCGCUAUCGUCGUGCGAUCGCCGGGAGGACACACUCGUUGCGAGCGAGCUGGACGAAGCAAUAGGAUCCGCGUCGGUAACGGAUAGCAAUACGAGCAAUGGCAACAAUACGUUCAUCAUCAUCAUCCAGAACGAUGGCGGCGUUGGCGAGGGACCCGUCUAGCGGCGUCAACUCUCAACUGAACUGCUCAAAACGACGGGUGGGACGCGGUUAGCUAGUAAGACGCGCUGGGGCUGGGGCGUGCCGAGGACGAACACGAGACGACAAAACACAGACAACACAAAACUGGCGGAACAAGGCCCAUGAAAUGUAGGAGAGCAAAUAGUAAGAGCAUAAAGAUAAGGAAGGGAUAUCCACUCACAGCAAAAGCAAGAGGACGGAACGCGCGAGUGUCCAGUUUGGUGAGACAAACACACAAACACACACACACACGAGGAAUGCCUAGUUAUGCACCCUUAGCAAUUGUUGAUGUAAAUGAAUUUACAAGAUUUGUUAUAUUAUUUUAAUAACGCGUAAGUCGAUAAACACUGACGAUUAAGCAUAGGAAAGGAACGGGGGUUAGGAGUGCGAGGUGGCAUGGCUAGGAUGUGCCGCGUGUGGGCAGACAGGACGCCCCGGAGUGGAUGUGGAGGGGGUGGGAAAGGAAAUGUAUUUUAAAUUAUUUUCCUUUCUGCUUUUUCCUUCUGCUUACUUUUUUUUACAUGGUAUAUUUGUGCCUCGAUCAUGGAUCAUAAUACUGAUCGUUUGUUUUCUAUUGUCUAUUUUUAAACAAGAUUUAUUUCUUUUAUUUUUUAACAAACACACUCACACACACACACACAAACGACGCAAGUACACCCCUAUAUACAAACGAGGACUCAACCAAGCGACUGUAGACUGUGUCGUUGUCGUUCCACAAGGUGUAAGAUGUGAAGUUUAAGCACAUAGAAGGACCGUACCGAUAGAAGAAAGUUGAGGCAAGGACACAGACACACAAACACAUACAUAGACACACACAAACAAUUUGAAAAAAAAGUGCAAUGAUCAGUCGAUCAGAAGAAGCAGGCGCUGCAGUGCGCUUUAGUAUGAUUUUGCACAAUGGUACCGUGGUGCAGUUUUGGAUUAGGCUUAAGGUGCGUUUUGUGGCACGAUUUUCUUGUUUGUUUUGCCGUUUUUUUUUCUCUGGCGGAGGGUUGUAAGCAGUUCUCUUCUCUUAUUUCUUCGUAAUCGCGGCUAACGUACAAAUAUGAUUUGUUUUACUUUUUUGUUUUUUGUUUUUUUUACGGAUGGUGAAAGACGAAGCGAUUAGUAGGGCGUUAGGAAAAUUUUGGAACCCGCGCGGAAGGGUGCGUUAUUGCGCCCGCCCCGGCUCCUGUGCAACUGAAUAGUCUGAUUUCUUUAGUUAAUAUAGCCUGUCCGAAUAGAGAAUGAGAGAAACCUUUUUUUUUUGGUACGAAACAGAAGUAAACGCAGCGUGUGGCGUGUUUGUUAUACGCGAAGCUGUUUUUGGCCACCAAAACACGAACAGAACAGAAUCUCUUCUCUUUGUUUCUCUCUUUCGUUUAGGGUUGCUUAACGUGUAUGUGUUUUAUCUUUUGUUUUUUUAUUUUUACUUUUCCGUUCUAUUUCUAACUGUCCUUUCCUUAGAGUAAGUGACUAAGUAUACCUUUCCUUCAUCCGGUACUUGCUGGCCGAAGUAACAUUUUGAAACACUGCGUGUGAGUGUGUGUGUGUGUGUAUGUGCGUGUGACGAAAUCAAGCAAACGAAAAAUAGAUUCCACGUUUUAGGGAAAAAACAACCACCAAAUUCUUAGCGCAGUAAAGUCCUUGUUGGUUCAGGAUGGACGUUCCCUUUUUCGGUUCAGUAUUAGAUCGCUAACGAAAAAGGAAUCUUAUAAAAAGAAGAAACCCACUCAAAAACACAAACUUCAAGCUGGUCAAAUAAUCGACCCUUUUUGGCAUCCGAAAAGAUUCGAUUGGAGACCCUGUGAAGGAUUUUCAAACCUAUUAACUGUUGAGGAAUUGUUUGCAUAGUUUCUUUUUUUGGCGUAAGCCACUUUUCUACUGUUGUUUGGUUCGUUAUUUGCUAUUCUGUGUCAUAAUGUGUCACCAGUGUCGAUGUUUGUGUUGUUACUGUUGUUGUUGCGUGUAUCAGCAAGUGAGGAUAAUUUGCAAAAAAAGAACGCUUCUUGUCUUGAACCAUAGCGAGGAAAAAUAGUAGGAAAUAAAUAAAGCAGCAACAAAAUCCGACACCGACGACUGAAAGGAUGCUAGGAGAGAAAAUUCAAAAAAAUCGUACUGAAGUUAUAUUGAUAAGGUAUUGUAGAACAAUUUUUCUCUUAGCUUACUCACAUAAACAAAACAAAACACAACCGUACACUUCUUCUAGCACACUUUAUGAUGCAUAUUUGAGAGCACAGCGCUGUUAGUGGGGUUUCAGUCGAGGCAAAGGGGCUGCUAUUAAAUCGUACACAUACAUCAAGCAGAUACUGAGCAGAAAAAGUAGGGGGGAAAACACUAUCAGAAAAUACAGUUGUAGAAUGUACUAAACCACCAAUACAUUGCCGUUGGCUUUAUUUGUUUCGAAAUCGGCUUCAUGUUUCUGUUUGCUACUCUACUGCAAAUUGUUUAACUGUUGUUUAAUUAUAAUCAGACGAGAAGAACAAACAAAUCGCACACUUCCAAAUGAGUAAUAGUUAAUUGAAGCGUUUUAGAGCGUUAUUUCUAACGAUUGUUUUGUUGGCACAACAAAAAUGGAGGCUGGUAAAUAGGGUGUCCUCUUUGGAUUGCAUUAUUCAGUAUGCCCCCGAUAUGCCAUUAUUAAGUGUCCUAUGACCAUGGACACAGGCAAACAAACACACAUAAGGAAAACACAUUUCUUCAACGUGUGGCUGUCGAAUGCUGAUUACAAACUUAACAAGACAUAGAUGUACCAAGGUACAGAAUAGAUCAAAAGCAACGUAAAUCGAACUGGAGACUGUUGUUUGACACAGAACACACUCUCUCACUCCCAAACACACAAGCAACACACACAGACACACAAACGGUAAAUACAAAAAUUCGAACCGAAAAUGAAAUGAGAACUUAUAAAUGUAUGGGUGCUUCUAUAUGAAACAAAAAAAUAUAUAUAAAUAGGUAUAUAUAUAUAGAGAGAGAAAGAGAGAAAGAAAGAGAAAGAAAGGGUAAAGAUAGUAACGAGCGUAAAAGGAAAGAAAACAAAUACAGAAUGAUAUACAUAUAUAUACAUCUAUAUUUAAAAAAAGAAAAACAAAAAAACACAAAACUUAAAGCGAACGAAGAAAUAAGAGAAAGAAUAAGGAAGUUACAAAAGAAUUACAAAAAAAAACUAGUAUAACAACACACAAAGAUUGACUGUGACUGACCGUUGGUAGCAAAUUGGUUAAAGUGUAAAGAUUAGCAAAAGAAUGAUGGUAAAAAGUAAAAAAAAAAGCAAACACUAGACAAAACCAUAGACACACAUACAAAACACAUACAUAGACACACCUACACGUAUAGAGAGAUAAUGAAACUGUUAUACAACCGUUUUGUGGAUAUAAAUAGAGGAGAGAGGGAGGGAGAAAUAGAGAGAGAGAGAGAGGGAAAGUUGUAUGAAUCCAACAAACUUAAGACUCUGUGGAACGAUAAUGUAAAACAAAGUAAAAAUGACUGUAGCAUACGCGGUGUACACGGAAGCUAACACACACAGUUACAGUUUUUUGAAAUCAGACUCCUUAACUCGCCUGAUCAUCUUCACUUUUUCAUGAAUGUAAUGAAUUAAUUGCCUUAAAUGAUAUAUACAACAACAAAAAAAAACAUAUAUAAAUUGCAUAAAAAUAUACAAUAAAAAUAUAUUUAAAACGUGGGGGCACAACCAAGCAACCCAGGACGAGCAGAACUGUUAUCGGUAGGGGAAAAUCCAUACGUCAGAGCAGAGACAGAAAACUGAAUACAAACACACAUACACACACUCACACAAAACAAACCACAACGUACAUACAUGCAAAGCAGUAAUACAGCAAACUAGAUCAUAGCAGCAGCAGCCGCAGGACAUGAUUCCCGUUGCUGAGUAGCGGUUAGACAAAACGUUAGACAGCGGUGCAAUUCGCGCAGUUACAUUACGCGACCGUGCUGCACUGGUGGGUGUUAAGAUAAUGAUUUAGUUUUUAGUAAAGGACUCCAGUCUUUUGUUUUUGUAAGAACGGCACGAACGGCGAGCAAAUCGCACAGGCAAAAUCGUGCAUUACGGCGACGACGAGACACAAAGUUAAGGAAAAACUAGACCGACAGAAACACUCAUGUACGACACGGGUACGGUAGCAGACAAAACAAACAAAGCAAACAAACAAACACGAAAGCAGAAAAGGAAGCAAAACAAAGCAAAAAAGCGCGAUGAUUAAAUGGUUAUCUAUAAUUCUAUACAUAUAGACUAUAUACAUAAUGACGUUAGUGGAAAGAAAAGGUAACAAUAGUUGUAAGCAAGAGCGCAAGAAUGAUGAGUUAAGAGAGGUUUGAAGCAGUUUGGACAAACAAACAAACAAAACAAAACAAAAAACCACGCGGCAACGGUUUACGCGCACGGUUCAGAUGGGGAGGGCACGUUGUCCGGGUGUGACAUAGGCAUAGGCAAAGUUGAUGAACUCUAAUAUAAUUUAAAUUAAUUUAAAACGCGAUGUGAGAGAAACUUUAGAUACGAAUACUUUUUUGACUAGUGAAAAUGGGCAGGUCGGAGUUUUGCGUUUUGCAUUUUUGUUUCGCACUUCGGAGAGAAAAAGAGAGAGAAGAAUACAACUGAAGAAGAAGAAAGUAAAUUCAGGUAUACACAGGCAAAGCAAAAAGAUCAUAUAAAACACAUUCACAAUGCGAUAAGAUGACUGAAAGCGAAGGUUUAAUAUAAAAUCAACAAAUAAACACAUACACACAUAAAACAAAACAUACCGAAGAUAAUGCGAAAGAAUGCGAACGCGACUACAAGUUGAUACAUGAUAGUACAUAAACAACAACAAAAACAAAACAAAACUCACAAUAGCAAAAUUUCGGGUAGCUCUUAAGUUCACUGAAAACAUUUAUUCUAUAAUCAUCCAGAUCAAGUUAGGAGGAAGGCGGUUAGGCAAAAAAAACAAGGUUAAAAUAAUAAUAAAAAAUAAAAAAAAAACACAACACACAAAAACGUCGGAAGAAACACAUCCUUCUGUCUCUCAUUAAGAUACACAGAAGGGACACACGGUUAAUGAGAAUAUUGCAUAAAUGAUUCACUGAGCGAAUGAAGCGAAGCCUUUUUGAAAUAAACUGAUUAAUCCUUAUUAUGAAA